GCAGGUCUUGGGGACCCAGGUUCCCCCCUUCCUGAGCCCCUGCCGGCUGCUAGGACCCAGCAGCUGUCCCCGUGGGACUGCCACGAGUGCAGGCAGUGCAGGCAGCGCCGGGAGUGACAGCUGGUGCCAUCCGCAGCUGGCGGGCUGCAGGCAAACAGGAUGACGAGCGGGUGACGGGAGCGGGGAAGGGGGAGCGUGGCCUCACACAGGGCCCACAGCCCCUGUUCUGCUGCGGGAGCGACACCGGCAAGAGGGACCCUGGCAAGGAGAGGAGCAUCACCCACCUCUCCAGGAGCAAAGGAAAGGAGAAGACAAAGGCCAUGGUUGUGGUGGGGUUUCCCUCUAUAAGAUGCAGGAGAAGAACCCUUGCUGCCCAGGCACCGGAGCUGCUGGCUUAGCCCUUGAGGGGGAUGGCGAGCCGAACAGGGCCAAACACCACCGACAGCCUAGAGCUGCUCUCCGUCCCCGAGUACUCCAUUGCCCAGGAGGUGGUGGGCCUCUUCUGCAUGAUCCUGCUCACCCUCACUGCCCUGGUGGCCAACACCGUGGUGUUGGUCGUCAUUCUGAAAACCCCCCUUUUCAGGAAGUUCAUCUUCGUCUGCCACCUCUGUGUGGUCGAUCUCCUCUCUGCCAUUUUCCUCAUGCCCCUGGGGAUCAUCUCCAGCUCCUCCUGCUUCAACAGGGUGAUCUACAGCAUUGCCGAGUGCAAGGCCUUGAUAUUCCUGAAUAUCUGUUUCAUCAGUGCCUCCAUUCUCACCAUUGCCAUCAUCAGUGUGGAGAGGUACUACUACAUCGUCCACCCCCUGAGGUAUGAGGUCAAGAUGACCAUCAGGUUGGCGGUGGCUGGAGUGAUCUUCAUUUGGGUCAAGUCUGCUCUCAUCACUGUCUUGGCACUGGUGGCGUGGCCUCAAGGCAACGGGGCCACCAGUGCCAGCCGCUGCACAGUCUACUGGAGCCCUGGGGCCCACAAGAAGGUUUUUGUGAUCCUCUUCAGCACCACCUGCUUUUUUCUGCCCACCAUCAUCAUCCUUGCUGUCUACAGCAGUGUCUACCGUGUGGCCCGGACUGCAUCCCUACAGCAGGCACCAGUGCCAGUGCCAGCACAGGCAGUUGCACCCAGACACCGAUGCGACUCCAUCGCCAGCCAAGUGACCAUCAUCAUUGCCAGGAUCCUGCCGCUGCCCAAGCUGAUCCCAGAUCGCCUUUUGGGAAGUAACAAGGCCAUCCUCACCUUGGUCCUCAUUGUGGGACAGUUCUUGUGCUGCUGGCUGCCCUUCUUUGCUUUCCACUUGCACUCCUCUGUCACUGUUGGCACUCUGGGUGGUGGGCACGGGGAGAUGGUGGUCACCUGGAUUGCCUACUCCUCCUUUGCCAUCAAUCCCUUCUUCUAUGGGCUGCUGAACCGCCAGAUCCGUGAAGAGCUGGCCCGGCUCCGGCGCAGCUGUCUCAACCGGCCGCUGGCUCAGGAGCUCUGCCUUUCCAUCUCAGAGGCUUCUGUCCAGGAAAACUUCUUGCAGUUCCUCCAGAGAGCAACUUGCACGCUGGAGACCCACACCAGCUGCAUCAGCUCCAGCCCCCAGAACAGGCUGGACCAGACCACAACAGGCUUCCCCCUCCCAGGUCAAGUUCCUGAACAGAGCAGCUGAGAAGCAGGAGGCUCUGUCCCACCGUGCUGGGCAGGAAACCUACCUGGGACCCACCAGACUUGCUUGGACCCAGCCUCUUGGAUUUGGAGGAGUCCUUGUUUGGGUUUUGCCUCUCUCUGAGCUUAUGGUGGAAGAUGGUUUCUCUGCUGGGGAAGGCAGCAGAUCUGGUGAAGCCCCAGGUCUCUUCUGCAGGCUGGCUCCACCAGCACAGCCCAGUUGCAUGGAUGGGCUCUCCUCAGGAUGUGGGAUGCCAAGCGGCUCCUGAGCAGGGGCAGGGGUCACCUCUAUCUCCAUCACCCUGCUGGAACCACUCAUGGCCAACAGGGAGGGCAGAUGUCCCUUGCACUCUACCUGGGAGCAAUGUCCCAGCUAACACCACUAACACCAGUAACAGCAGGGCCCCGGGCACCCCACUGAGCCUGGAUGGCAGACAUGGAAACCUCCAUCCUUGGCUGUUAAACCCAAAACUAAUGUCUGUGUGGAGGAGCUCCUGCUCCCUGUGGUACUGAUCAGGGGCACACACCCGUGGGGCUGACUCUGACCGUGUCACUGUUUGUCCUGCUGGCAUGGCAGCACACAGUGUCCGUGGCCAUGCCUGGUUGUGCCCUCUGUCCCCCCUGCCUACCAGGGGCCACCCCUCUGGGGGGGAAUUGGCUGCCUGAGGGUCUGUGCCAGGCUGUUUAUGGACACAGCUGUCCAGCUGAAGCCCAGCCACGUGCCAGCUGAACUGGGCUGCUGGCCAGGCGGGGGGACAUGGUGACACAGGGUGAUGGAGGUGGCUGUGUGGGGUGCUCCCAGGCGGCAGCAGCCAGAGAGGAUCAGAAGCUGCUGUUCCCCUUUGGUCUCAUUGCUUCUGCAGGACCUCCCAUGGGGUCCUCAGUGCCAGAAAGGGGACUGGACCCUUUUGGGGGAUGCUGCAGGGGUACAUCAACCUCAGCCCACCCACAAAGGUCCCAGGAAUGGUGUUGGCAUGGUGGGUUGGAUACGUUCUUACCCCAGUAAUAACUGGGGGCCUGAGGGAGAACUGCCCCAUGGCCUCCCAAACUGCCCCAUGGCAAGGAGGGGUCUUCAGGAAGACCCCCAGAGAGAUGAGGCUGAAGGCCAGCCCCCUCCCCGCCCCAGACACAGGGAUGCCCCUCCAACCACCACCCCAUGUCCCUAGCAGACUUCUCCCACAGCUCCUGCUGUGGGAGAAGUGUCCACCCAGGGUGGGGGAUAUUAUUAUUAUUAUUAUUAUUUUCUUGUAAAUUUUAUC